AAUUUAUUUGCUAAUUGAUACAUACGGUUGUCUAACAUUCUAAUUUGAAUAAGACGGCAACUCCUCACUUCUCAUCACGUGACACUUUUUAGUUCAAUGUUUUUGAAAGCAGAGUGCGCGCAUCGUGGCGGUAUUGACUUAUCUUGUAAAGGAGAGAAUACGAGCAAUUAUACUUUCUUCUUUACUUUUUGCGUCUGUGUGAUUAGUAUCAAGAAGAAAAAGAAAAAGAUAAUAGAAAAAAAAAAAUAAAUACAAAAGAAAAAGAGAAACAAGUGCAAUGAUAGGACAAACUGGACUAGUACAAGUUGUACUAUACUCAAGUGCUGAACGAUGUAGUACUUUUCUCAUUUGAAAAUAUACGGUUGACACAGCUUGACGAUCGUGCAUCAUAAUACAUAACAAUUGUUAUUUAUAUACUUCUUUCGUGUGACAUUGUGCGUUCCUUGAUCGUAUAAUUAGAUAAUAAAAGAUAGUAGUAUGAUAUAAUAGUAAGAAAAAUAGUAAUAAGAUAUAGUAUGUAGUUUUCAAGGAUACAUGACGGAGUUAACGUAACAAAAUAUACUUUUGAACACACAGCUAUUUUUGUUCGAACCUCUUUAGCUUAAUGUAAAUUAUCAUAAAUGUCUUGUUAAGAAGAGAAAUAUUCUAUGUAAAUUGUGUUAUUUACAUUGUACAACGUAUCGUGAUCUACACGAUAUAACUUAAACAUGUCCGGACAACAACAUUCUUAUUUAUCUGGAUUUCCCAAUGUACAGCAGUCUGCCAUGCGUACACCACAAACGUUUGGCGGACAAAUGGUUCCUAAUUUAAUAUCUCAUUCAACUGCACUUCAGCAGGGACCGCAGCAAGGAAAUAUGGUGAGCUCUCCAGAAUAUAUGAGUGUUGGUAAUGUCGGUCCUAAUGCGAUGGUAAUGCCCAACUCUCAACAAAUCUUAGCACAACAACAACAACAACAGCAUUCUAUCACAAUGCAACAACAGAUGCAGCAGAUGCAACAGCAACAGUUGCAACUGCAGCAGCAGCAACAAGCCGCGAUGGUUCAACAGAAUACUCAAAAUAGCAAUCAAGUCACAACACCACAGACUCCGGUCCCACCUACUCAGCCGCCACGGCAGCAGCAGCAAAAUAAGGAUUUGAACACUGCCAGUCUAUGUAAAUUUGGACAAGAGACAGUGCAAGAAAUCGUCAGUCGUACUUUAGAACUCUUUCAAAUUCUCAAAGCGAUUACACCACCAAACGGAACGGUGCAAGGAACAAAGGCUGCAAAUGAGAAGAAGGAUAAAGUCUACGAUCAGUUAAGAACGAUAAAACUGAUGUUCGCACGAUUGAGAAUGAUAUAUGAAAAAUCCAAUGAGAAUUGCCAACUGCAAGGUAUGGAAUACACGCACAUAGAAAGUUUAAUUCCACUGAAGGAGGAAUGGGACAUGAAAUCUGAUGAGAAAAAAACUUCGGAAGCUUACAGACUUAUUUUCGAAGAGAGGAAAGAACUUGUGGAUCAAGUUACAUCGAGAAAUAGACACAUUAAAGAAAUAAUUGAUCACUUAAGACGUAUUAUAUCGGAAAUAAAUACGAUGUUACAUAUGCGUCGAUCUUAGAUCUCUAUAUUUCCACAAAAGUAUGUUAUUUACAUGUAAUUUCGAAGACACCUCUUUAUUUUUUAACAAUAAAAUAUAAUUCGUUAUUGUGAG